AUGCCCCCCGAAGCCGGCACAGAGAUGAAGCUUCUCCUGCUCACCGUUGGCUUGGGGGUCCUCUGUUUCCUCCAGAUCAUGGCAGAAGUUCCUACACAGCCAGAUUUUGACCUCCAAAAGUUUGCUGGGAACUGGUUUCCCAUUUCAGCGGUUUCUGAUUACGGGCAGGUGAAAGAUUACACAACUUACGAAAUCCGUUUUGAGCCUGGAGAAAAUAAAAAGCUGCUGGGACACAUUGAAUUUCCCAUAAAGGAUAAGAAGUGUCGGAGAAAAAAGUUUCGUUUGCCGCAGGGUGCCAAGCCCGGGCAGUACAUGACCCCUGAGAAGAAACUCCUUCAGAUUGUAGAGACGGAUUACAGCACUUACGUUGUCUUCUACCGGGAUAACGAGGAAUACCGGGUUCUGGAACUUUACGGAGCCAUGUCUUCUGUCCAGGAGCUCUCCAUGGUGCUGAUCUGGCAGCCAGAAGGGAAACUGGGCUCUCCCUAA